AUGUCAGAAACGUCCUCAGUUAACUCCAGUUCGGUAGUUUCCAGCCAGCGAGUCUUGCAACUCGCCCUCCGCGGAGAAUGGAUUGCACUUGAACAGACAAUCAAAGGUCUGGACAAGGGAGACUCGGAAAUUUCUCAGUUCGACGAGGAGUCUGGUCUGAGUCUACUGAUGAUUGCAGUCAAAGAAAACCGUCAAACUGUAGUUGACAGGCUUCUGGAGUUGGGGGCAAGUCUUAGCGAGCGGACAAAGGACGGCCGGACAGCGUUGCACGUAGCCGCCGCCCACUCCAAGGAUGAUAUCGUGAAGCUGCUGGUGAGGAAAGCGGACCCCAACACUCCGGGAGGGGCCAAAGAUCAGCUUGCCCUGCACUUUGCAGCCUCCCGACCCACUGGUGCCCACAACACGGUCCAGACAUUACUCAAGUAUUCCUGCAAAGAAGCCCGCCUUAUACCAGACAAGGAUGGCUGCAUUCCAUUGUUCCUAGCUGUUGAAGCAGGGAAUGUUGGAAUCGUUAAGGAGCUGCUUGGAUCCUUGACAGAACCACAGCUCAGAGCUCAGAGAAAGGGGGCUGGAGACACUGCUGUCCACACCUGCUGUCGGAGAAAAGACACGGAAAUGGCAAAGCUCCUUAUGGAGCAUGGGGCCAAUGUGGACAUCCAGAACGAUGACGGACAGACACCUCUCCAUGUGGCUGCUUGGGAGGGGGAUGAACUUAUGCUCAAGUUUUUCUACCAGUGCAAGGCCAACCCCAACAUUGUAGACAAGUUGGACAGGUCCCCUUUGCAUAUUGCUGCAGAGCGAGGCCACACCAGUGUGGUGGAAGUCCUGACUGAAAAAUUCAAGUCCAAUGUGCUGGCUAGAACCAAGGAUGGGAGCACCCUGAUGCACAUCGCCUCACAGUGCGGGCAUCCAGACACUGCUCUGGCCUUCCUGAAGAGAGGCGUGCCCCUGCACAUGCCCAACAAGUCAGGUGCGGUCUGCCUCCACGCAGCGGCGAAGCGGGGUCACACAGCUGUAGUGAAGGCGCUGCUCCUGAAGGGGGCGCACGUGGACGCCACCACCAAGGACCGCCGCACCGCUCUCCACAUCGCCGUGCAGAGCUGCAAGCCCCUGGUGGUGCAAACGCUGCUCGGGUUCGGGGCCCAGGUCCAGCUCAAAGGGGGCCAGGCCUUGGAGACCCCUCUGCACAUCGCCGCCAGGGUGAAAGAGGGGGAGAAGGUGGCGGACAUGCUUCUCAAGAGUGGGGCGGAUGUCAACGCUGAACAAGAGAACGGCGAGACGGCCAUGCAUGUUGCGGCACGCCACGGCGGUCUGCAGAUGAUAAGGGCUCUGAUGGAGGACGGAGGGGACCUCACCUGCCGUUCCAAGGCUGGUGAGAACCCUCUGCACAUUGCGGUGCGACACUGCCACGCCCACGUCGUGCAGGAGAUCAUCUCUGACCUGGCCAAUAGGAAGUGCCGGAAGGAGGCCGAGCUCUGUGUCAGCCAGGAGAACCAGAAGGGUGAGACGUCCCUGCACCUGGCAGCAGGGCUCAAGCAGGAAGUGACCCACUCCGAGGGAGAGGACGUCCGCAUUAUCAAGAUGCUCAUGGAAUACGGGGCCGACAUCACCGCGGCGACCAAAGAGUCAGGGGAGACACCUCUCCAUUACUGCACCAGGGUGGGCAACACCGACGUGCUGCAGGAGAUGCUGAGCUCUGUCUUGCCCGGCCGGCUGCAGCAGGCCGUCAACAAGCACGCCAAGAACGGCUGGUCACCCUUGCUGCUGGCAGCGGAGAGGGGUCACACUGAGGUUGUGCGGAUCCUGCUGCAGAACCACGCCAGGGUGGACGUUUUCGACGAGCACGGCAAGGCUGCCCUCCACCUGGCCGCAGAGAACGGACACGAGAUGAUCGCUGACAUCCUGCUGUCCCACAAGGCCUUUGUGAACGCCAAGACCAAGCUGGGCAUGACCCCCCUGCACCUGGGGGCCCAGAACGGCUCCACCCGGCUGGUGAGGCUGUUGGUGGAGACGCACAUGGCCAGCAUCGACGCGCUCUCCCUGAGUAAGCAGACGCCCCUGCACUUGGCUGCCACCAGCGGACAGCUGGAGGUGUGCAGCAGCCUCCUGACCAUGGGGGCCGACAUCAACGCAGCGGACAUCCACGGCCAGACCCCGCUCCACCUGGCGGCGGAAAACGACCACUCGGAGGUGGUGACGCUCUUCCUGAAGCACCGGCCGGAGCUGGCCUCCUUGGCCAACAUGGAGGGGGCCACCUGCACCCACAUCGCCGCCUCCAAGGGCAGCGUGGCCGUCAUCAAGGAGCUACUCAAGUUCAACAAGGGAGGCAUGAUCUUGGCACACAACAAGACAAACAACUCCUGCCCGCUGCACCUGGCAGCCACUGGGGGCCACACUGAGGUGGUGAAGGUCCUGCUGGAGGCAGGAGCUUCAGCGGCCGAGGAGAACGCGGAAGGCAUGACGGCCAUUCAUUUAGCAGCGAAGAAUGGGCACACACACAUCCUGGACGUGCUUAAAGGCAGCAUCUCCUUAAAAACCAGCAGCACAAAGACAGGCCUGACUGCACUCCACGUGGCAGCCUGUUUUGGGCAGGUGGACUUUGUGAGGGAGAUGCUCACCAGGGUGCCAGCCACCUUGCGCAGCGAGGCCCAGAGUGGCAGCGGCUGGGAAGGGGCCCCUGGGCGCCAGCAGCCCCUGGAGUCAGGAUACACUCCUCUCCACCUGGCUGCACGGUCAGGCCAUGAGAGCCUAGUGAGGCUGCUGCUGAACUCCCCUGGUGUUCAGGCCGAUGCUGAGACUGACGUACAGGGCUCCACCCCGCUCCACCUGGCGGCGCAGAGCGGGCACACGGCCGUGGUGGGGCUCCUGCUCAGUCGCUCCAGCUCUCUCCUGCACCUGAAGGACCGCAGCGGACGCACCUGCCUGCACCUGGCCGCGGCCAACGGCCACAUCGCCAUGGCCCGGGUCCUGCUGGGCCAGGGGGCCGACAUCAACCACACCGACAAGAGCGUGUGGACUCCCCUGCACUACGCGGCCAAGUCCGGCUGCCUGGAGAUGGUGCGCUUCCUGGUGGAGAGCGGGGCGGUGGUGGGCCAGGAGUGCCGGGACGGCCGGACGCCCAUCCAGUACGCCGCGGAGGAGAACCACCAGAGCACCGUCAGCUUUCUGCUGCGGAGGAGCAACAACACCCUGCGACUGGUGGAGGACAGGAAGUUCAUCUUCGACCUGAUGGUGUGCGGCAAGCUGAACAGAAACUCGGUGAUCGAGGAGUUUGUGCUGUACUCGGCCGCCCCGCUGGACACGGCGGUGAAGCUGUCGCGUGCGCUCGGCCUGGCCGCGCUGCGAGAGAAGGAGCGCUCCAUGGACCUCCUGAACGCCGCACGCUACUGCGAGGCCAUGGCGGCCGAGCUGCUGACCGCCGCCGCGGGGGGCAAGAGCGCAGGCCCCAUCCUGCGGGCGCUGGACCAGCGAGGCGCCAGCGUGCUGGACUGCCUCAUCGAGGGCCAGCAGAAGGCCGUGGUGGCCCACCCGGCCGUGCAGAAGUACCUGACGGAGGUGUGGUACGGCAGCCUGACGUGGGCGUCCUGGAAGAUGGCCCUGCUCUUCUUCUGCCUGCUGCUGUGCCCACCCCUCUGGCUGGCUGUGUCCCUGCCCCUGCGCCACAACUUCAACACGGUCCCCAUCGUCAAGUUCAUGAGCCACCUGGUGUCGCACAUCUUCCUCCUGGGCCUGUUCAUCCUGAGCAUCGUGUACCCGCCGGUCAACCCCGUGUACCUGGGCCGGCUGCUUCCGGGCUGGAGCGAGUGGCUGCUGCUGGCCUGGCUGUCGGGGAUGCUGGUGUCGGAGCUGACCCAGCCGGGAGAGCGUACGGGCCUGGCCUGGAUACGAGUCCUGGUCCUGGGCUUCUCGGCGGUGGGCUUCUUCUGCCACCUGCUGGCGUUCGGGUUCCCCGCGCCCGGCCGCCUGCACUGCCUGUUCGCCCGCAACAUCUUCCUGGCGGUGGCCAUGACACUGAGCUUCGUGCAGCUGCUGGAGUUCCUCACCUUCCACCACCUGUUCGGCCCCUGGGCCAUCAUAAUCAGGGACCUGAUGAAGGACCUGGGCCGCUUCGCCGUCAUACUGGUCCUCUUCCACACCGCCUUCACCAUGAACCUCUCCGCCGUCUACCAGCCCGUGUACCCGCCCGACCCGUCAGCCGGGGGCAACGGCACCGAAACGCAGACCCCGCUGGACAUCUCCAUCCAGCUCUUCUUCGCCCUCUUCGGCCUGAUCGAGCCCGACUCCAUGCCGCCCCUGGGGCGGUCUCCGCCGUUCGCCGGGGUUGUGACGCACGUGGUCUUCGGGAUCUACCUGGUGGUGACGGUGAUCGUCCUGGUCAACCUGCUGAUCGCAAUGAUGAGUGACACGUACCAGCGCAUCCAGGCGCAGUCCGACACCGAGUGGAAGUUCGGGAGGGCCGUGCUCAUCCGGGACAUGAACCGCAAGUCUGGCACCCCUUCCCCGUUCAACCUCUUCACCAACCUCUUCUUCUACGUCAAGAUGCUCUGCAAACACGGAGGAAAGAUCUGCUCUUCCGAGGCCAGGGACCUCAUGUCCGAGGAGGAGGAAGUGGACGGGCUCUCAGACACUCGCUCCCUGGACGUGCUGGCACACACAUCCGUGGGCUGGAUGAGAAGCAACAAGAGAACUCAAAUUCUCCCAGAAGGUGGCUUCAGGACCUCCAGGCAGAGUGGACAGGUGCGUGUGGAGCAGGUGACGGACUGGCAGGCAGUGGCCCUACGUUACCUGGCUUUGAGGGGACAGAGUGACGGCACACUUCUGGAGAGGGACACUGCCCCACACAGGGAAGCAGGCGUGGCUCAACCACCCUGCAGCCUCUCAAACGCCCUCUCCUAA